AGCAGUAGCCGGAAGCCCUGCUUGCUGCUGCUGCUGUUGUGUGCUGGCGGUCUCCGGCUCCGGCUCCGGCUCCUGUCUCUCUCUCUCUCUCUCUCCCUCUCCCAGUCACUGCUCCUGUCUGUCUGCAGUCUUCAAUGCCUCGGAGUCGGGCUGACUUCUUCAGUGGCCUCAGCCUUCAGCGAGCUCCAUGCAGUGCGUGUGAUUCAGCGGGGAACAAAGUUGUGCACAGCGCCGUUUAACGUGACAUGCAGGAGAGAUCUGACUGAUUUCCUGUGUUGCAAGACUGUGUGGGAGCAUCAUGUGGAGGAAGGCUUUAGCAGCGGCCCUGCUGGCGUUCGCUGUUGGUUAUUUCUACCAUGGCAGGCCGGACCUGCCGGAACAGAUUCUGCAGUAUAUUAGCCUGCCAAACUUUCAGCAGUCAUCUCAGAGCCAGAACAGCCUGGAGAAGGUGAUCUCGGCCGCCUGGGAGACUCUGAUAACCCUGCCAACCCGGCAGUGGAGCAAAGUGGCAGUUGGGGUGAACGCCUGUGUCGACGUGGUCGUCUCAGGAGUGGGACUGCUGCAGGCCCUGGCUGUGGAUCCUGGCGCCGGCCUGGAUCACGAAGUGUUGCACUCCAAGGAGGACUUGAGGGAAGCCUUCAUCCACUACAUGGGCCGUGGAGCGGCUGCAGAGCGCUUCUUCAGCGACAAGGAGGUCUUUCAGAGGAUCGCACGUUCAGCCGCAGAGUACCCCGGUGCGAAGCUGUAUGUUGGAGGGAAUGCUGCCCUCAUCGGCCAGAAGCUCGCCACCUACUCUGACCUGAUGGUGUUGUUAUGUGGGCCAGUCGGUCCUAAACUUCAUGAGAUGCUGGACGAGCAGAUAGUCGUUCCCCCGGAAUCUCUCCAGGAGACGGAUGAGUUUCACCUGAUCCUGGAGUAUAAAGCAGGUGAACAGUGGGGUUCCACUCAGGCACCUCAAGCCAACCGCUUCAUCUUCUCCCACGACGUGUCUAACGGAGAGAUGAGUUCACUGGAGACCUUCGUGGCCAGUCUGGACGACUUUGAUCCAGACCUGGUGGUCCUGUCGGGGCUCCACAUGAUGGAGGGUCAGGGCAGAAAGGUGUGGGAGGAGCGACUCAAAGAGGCCGUGUCCGCCAUAUCUGACAUCCGUAAAGAUAUUCCCGUUCACCUGGAGCUCGCAAGCAUGACCGAUAAAGACUACAUGAACAGCAUCAUGCAGGAGCAGGUUAUGCCCAUUGUUAGCUCCAUCGGGCUGAACGAGCAGGAGCUGCUCUUCCUCGCUCAGGCUGGCGAGGGGCCUCACGCAGACCUGACUGCCUGGAAAGGCAUUCCCGACGUGGGCCGGGUCAGCGACAUCCUUCUCUGGAUCCUGGAGCAGCACGGCCGCAGCGAUCCCUCGUCGGAGGCAGACCUGACUCGCAUUCACUUCCACACGCUGGCUUACCACAUCCUGGUUACAGUGGACGGGUACUGGGCCAACCAGGCGGCGGCGGUGAUGGCCGGCGCACGGGUUGCCAGUAGUCAGGCCUGUGGCCUCCAGUCUGUCGACGUUAGCAAAGUCGAGCUCAAAGCCCCGCUCGAGUUUCACAGCUCGCACGGCGAACCACGAGAGAAGCUGUCCCUGGACCCAGCACAACCCGUUACCGUGUGGCGCAGAGGAAACGUCACCUUCUACAUGACGCCGGUGCUGGUCUGCAAACAGCCGCUUCGGACAGUAGGACUCGGGGAUGCCAUCUCAGCAGAGGGCCUAGUUUACUCAGAGUUAAAGACCCAGCGGGCCUUCUGAGGUUUGCUUCAACCUGACACUCCGUUUGUGCUGAAAGGACUCUGAAGUUUGACCUGCGGAGGUGACUGAUGGGUUGGAGUGACAUCUCUAAAACUUGUUCAGACCUCUGCGGCUUUGUUUAAGAAUGAUCAUGGUGAUAGUUUUAAAAUCCUGCCUGAUGAGUCCUCCAGCCUGCUCUGGUCUCCUCUGUCGUCCUCCAGCAGACACACAAACUGAGGCAGCGGAUCAGACAGGGCUGCGAGGUGGCCUGACUCUAUGCACUGCUCAAAGCCAUCCUCUCAAACUCCAAAGAGUUUAGUCGGCUCAUCUAAUUCACUUUGACCUGCAUACCUUCAGUAUGCUGUGCCUUGAGAAAAUAAGUUACUAUUAAAUAUUUUAUUCAUAUUUCAGAGCCAAACAAACUAAGCAUCACGUCAGAUACACAUUAUUUAUAUAUA